CCUGCAAAUGUGUUUGAAAUUCGCUGAAAUAUUUGCCACAUAAGGGUUGCGAACCAAGUUACGAACUGUCGGUAACUUACGCUAGUUCUAAACCUAAGAAAUUGGGUGAUGGAUGAGAAUUACUCUGGUAAAAUGCUCACAGCCUUGCCUAUAUGUUGUGUUCUGACUCUUGUGAUAGUGAGCUCGGAAGUAGGAGAAUGCCAAAAAAACUGUUCUGGAGAUUCCUACUACGUGUUUACGAAAAAGAAAAAUACGUGGAAUCAGUCCAGAACAUUAUGUCAUAAACAGGGAGGCGACCUAGUUUCCAUUGAAACCGAAGAAGAGUGGGAUUUCAUCAAAAGCGUAAUUGAGUAUUACAAUAAGCCAAAUGCGACGACUUGGUGGCAGGUUGGUUUAGAAAAAAAGGCCGGGAGCUGGACCUGGCUGGCUGGAAUACCUCUUACCAUUUGCAAAUGGGGAAAAAAACAGCCAAAUGGAAAAGGAGAUGUAGCUGCAAUAAGAUCGAAAUCAAAGGACAAGGCCAUUCUUACUGACGUUCCAAGGAAUAGGUCUAGACCUUCUAUUUGUGAAAUUACCAAAGGUAGUGGACACAAUUAUUCGCAAAGCUGCUGCAAGCACGUCGUAAAACCUUGCAAACUGGAAGAUGGCAACAAGAGCUGGGUGCAUAAUUUUACAUUUUCCGCCUAUAAUUUCAAAAUGAACUGCACUGUUGGUACUUGUGAGUCCUCUUCCGGCGAACUUUUUACGAGAAAAAAGGGUGUUAAGACUUUCAAUCUACUGGUACAACAAUGUGCUGACGAGUCACACGUGGCCGUGGGUAGUACCUAUCACCAGACUUGCAACGCUACAAUGUGUAACAUAACAGAGCGCGAACAGAAAUGUACCACCAAACACACUUGCUAUUGUGAAGGUGAUCAUUGUAAUCAGAAUUGCAGUCGCAUAAGGUGUACGCAAGCUUGCAGAGGAAUAAAAACCGGAAAGGUAUCAUCAUGCUCGCUGUCGCCGUCACCAUCACUGUCACAAAAGCCUAACACGCCGUCGCCGUCGCCGUCGCCGUUGCAGUCUCCGUCGCCAUCUUCGUCGUCACAGAUACCACCAACAGCGGCAUCAUCACCUUCAUUGCCGUCAAUUCGAAAGUUGGCAAAUGAUUCGCUUUCCAAACUUUACAGAAUAGACAUCACCAAAAAUACUUCUUUGCAGAAGGCUAUGGGGAUCUUUGAAGACUUCAUUACCGGUAUCGAAAACGUCACAAAACUUGUUGACGGCCGCUUUGAUAUGGAAGAAGUAGGAGGAAGGAGAGAAUCCAUCUUUAAAGUGGCAGUCAUCUUCGAAGAAAUUGCCUUAAAUUAUAGCAAAUAUCACCUGGACAGAACAAAGCAUUCAAAAAAAUUCGAUAGCGAGAAAAUGGUUCUGAGUAUCAAAAAGGCCUACCGCCGAAACGCAAGCAGAUUCCAUUUAGGGAAGGAAGAAUGGCAAGCAAGCAUGAAUGUUUCUUCUGAAAAUUUUGUGGAUUAUGGACAAGUUGUUGUUGGGUGCGUGUACAAGGAUCUUCAUCAGUUACUACAGUUGAAACAGCCCACAAAGAAAAGAACAGGCAUUACAAGGCAUAUAGGAUCCAGGAUAAUGGUCAUCGCUAUGGAUCCAAAACCAGAAAAAUUGCGACAAAAUGUAAUCUUGAAGUUCAGAAACCUAGAGGAAGAAGGAAGGAAGAGAUGCGCGUUUUGGAGUGGCAGAGAAAGUUCUAUGUCAGACGGAUUUUCAUUAAAAGGAUGUGAUCUAGUUACAUCGGAAAGAAACCCGGAAGAAACUAUUUGCAGCUGCAAUCAUUUGACUCACUUUGCUGUGUUAGUCGACUACAACAGCGACUCAAAGGUAAAAAAUUNGACAUAA